AUGUCUGCUCCGGCGAUUGGUAUCGAUUUGGGUACCACCUACUCCUGUGUGGGUGUCUACAAGGACAACAACGUGGAGAUCAUCCCUAAUGACCAAGGAAACAGGACCACGCCCUCGUAUGUCGCCUUCACCGACACCGAGCGUCUGAUUGGUGACGCCGCCAAGAACCAGGAGGCCCGCAACCCUGAGAACACCGUCUUCGACGCCAAGAGGCUCAUCGGAAGGAGGUUUGACGACCCCACCGUUCAAGAUGACAUGAAGCACUGGCCCUUCAAGGUCAUCAACGGUGUUGGCGGCAAGCCCACCAUUGAAGUCACCUUCCAGGGACAGAAGAAGACCUUCCACCCCGAAGAAAUCUCGUCUAUGGUCCUCAUCAAGAUGAAGGAGAUUGCUGAGCUCUACCUCGGCAAGCCCGUCAAGGACGCCGUCAUCACCGUGCCUGCCUACUUCAACGACUCCCAGCGUCAGGCCACCAAGGAUGCCGGUACCAUCGCCGGACUCAAUGUCAUGCGUAUCAUCAACGAGCCCACCGCCGCCGCCAUUGCGUACGGUCUUGACAAGAAGGGCUCUGAGGAGAAGAACGUGCUCAUCUUCGAUCUUGGAGGUGGUACCUUCGAUGUGUCCAUCCUUACCAUCGAGGACGGUAUCUUCGAGGUCAAGGCCACCGCCGGUGACACCCACCUUGGUGGUGAGGACUUCGACAACCUGCUCGUCGAGCACUGUGUCCGUGACUUCAUGAGGAUCAACAACGGCAAGAACCUCGCCAGCAACAAGCGUGCCCUCCGUCGUCUCAGGACCCACUGUGAGCGCGCCAAGCGUGUGCUGUCCAGCUCCACCCAGGCCACCAUUGAGCUCGACUCCCUCUACGAGGGUAUCGACUACAACACCACCAUCAGCCGUGCUCGUUUCGAGGAGAUGUGUGGUGAGAAGUUCAGGGGCACCCUCAUCCCCGUCGAGAAGGCCUUGGAGUCCAGUGGCCUUGACAAGAGGAAGAUCCACGAGGUCGUGCUCGUCGGUGGUUCCACCCGUAUCCCCAAGAUCCAGCAGCUCAUCAAGGACUUCUUCAACGGAAAGGAGCCCAGCCGCUCCAUCAACCCCGAUGAGGCCGUCGCCUACGGUGCCGCCGUCCAGGCCGCCAUCCUGUCUGGUGACCAGUCUGGCAAGAUCCAGGAGCUGUUGUUGCUCGAUGUCGCCCCUCUGUCCCUCGGUCUCGAGACCGCUGGUGGUGUCAUGACUGUGCUCAUCAAGAGGAACACUACCAUCCCCACCAAGAAGACCCAGAUCUUCACCACCAACGAGAACAACCAGGAAGGUGUGUUCAUCCAGGUCUUCGAGGGUGAGCGUGCCAUGACCAAGGACAACAACCUCCUCGGAAAGUUCCACCUUACCGGAAUUGCCCCCGCCCCCAGGGGUGUGCCCCAGAUCGAGGUCACUUUCGACAUUGACGCCAACGGUAUCCUCAACGUCACUGCUAUGGACAAGUCCACCGGAAAGUCCGAGCACGUCACCAUCACCAACGACAAGGGUCGUCUCAGCACCAGCGACAUCGAGCGCAUGGUUGCCGAGGCCGAGAAGUACAAGGAGGAGGACGAGAACAGGCGCGCCUGCGUUGAGGCCAAGCACCAGCUGGAGAACUACUGCUACAGCAUGAGGAACACCCUCAACGAGGAGAACGUCAAAGCCAAGCUUGACUCCGGCGAGGUCUCUGCUGCCCUCAGCGCCAUCGACGAGGCCAUCACAUGGCUCGAGACCAACCAGACCGCCACCAAGGAAGAGUUCGAGUACAAGCUCAAGGAGGUCGAGAAGGUCUGCCAGCCACUCACCACCAAGAUGUACCAGGCGGCUGGUGCUGCGGGUAUGCCAACCGGCGGACCAGGUGGCUUCGGUGGAGCUGGCCCCACUCCCGGUGCUGCUUCAAGCGGCCCUACUGUCGAGGAGGUCGACUAA